CAUACAUUGCCUCUCUUUUCUUCUCGUUACAAUCUCAAACAAGGCUUUUCACUCGACAUUGAACAUUUUUAAUCCACUUAUUUCACGAUACCUACGACACAACCCACGCCAUGGACGGCGUCCAGCUUCGCGAUGAGGCAGCUCAAGAUCGGAUCCGAGCGGCAGUUGAGUUCCUCGAUCCCAGCGAUGCCAGAGCACGCAGUUACCGGGCAGAUAUUGUUUUGAUGCUAAAUCGGGGGCUGCGACGUCUAACGGUCAGCAUCGAUGAGAUCAGAGCACAUAGCCGCGAACUCGCAGAUGGUCUGCUCACUUCCCCAUUCGACUAUUCGCAAGCCUUCGACAAGGCCCUGAAGGAGGUUAUCAAAACACUUCCAAACCGGCCGUCCCGAGAAACGGCAGACGAUGCAGUCUACUACUGUGCUUACAUCGGUGCCUUCGGAGAGUACUCUUGCAAUCCUCGCACUGUGAGUUCCUCGCACUUGAAUCGCAUGAUAUCUCUCGAAGGUAUCGUUACAAAAUGCUCGCUGGUUCGGCCCAAGGUGAUACAAAGUGUGCAUUGGAAUGAAAAGAAAAAGAAAUUUCUUGCAAGGAAGUAUAGAGACCAGACCAUGACAGCUAGCGGGGUGACAAACCUCAACGUCUAUCCUCAAGAAGACGAUGAAAAAAACCCACUCAUUACAGAGUACGGUUACUCUACAUAUAUGGAUCAUCAGACCAUAUCCAUCCAGGAAAUGCCAGAACGAGCACCCGCGGGACAGCUCCCUAGAAGCGUCGAUGUGAUACUGGACGAUGAUCUAGUAGACCGUGCUAAACCUGGUGACAGAAUCCAGCUUGUUGGUAUAUACCGCUCUCUAGGAAACCGGAAUGCCGGCGCUGGGUCCUCGGUAUUUCGCACAGUCGUCAUGGCGAACAAUAUUAUUCAGUUGUCCUCUAAGUCUGGUGGAGGCAUUGCGCAGGCAACCAUUACAGACACAGAUGUUCGGCAUAUUAACAAAAUCGCCAAGAAAAAGAAUGUUUUUGACUUGCUCUCCCAAUCUCUCGCUCCUAGCAUCUAUGGUCACGAGAAGAUCAAACAGGCCCUCUUGCUCAUGCUACUAGGAGGCAUGGAAAAGAACCUUGACAACGGCACCCAUCUUCGUGGCGACAUUAACAUUCUCAUGGUCGGUGACCCAUCGACAGCCAAGUCCCAGCUUCUUCGCUUCGUUUUGAACACCGCUCCACUCGCAAUUGCCACCACAGGUCGAGGCUCCUCUGGAGUCGGUCUUACGGCAGCAGUUACAUCCGAUAAGGAGACGGGUGAGCGUAGAUUGGAAGCCGGUGCAAUGGUUCUUGGAGAUCGUGGGGUGGUCUGCAUUGACGAGUUUGACAAGAUGAGUGACGUGGAUAGAGUUGCUAUUCACGAAGUUAUGGAGCAGCAGACCGUUACAAUCGCGAAAGCUGGUAUCCACACAAGCUUGAAUGCAAGAUGCAGUGUCCUAGCGGCUGCUAACCCGAUAUAUGGGCAAUACGAUCCCCACAAGGACCCUCAUAAGAACAUUGCUCUGCCAGACUCACUUCUGUCUCGUUUCGAUUUACUUUUCGUUGUCACCGAUGAUAUCAAUGAUGCUAAAGACAGGCAGAUUUCGGAACACGUCAUGCGCAUGCAUCGCUACCGUCAACCAGGCACAGAGGAAGGAGCCCCCGUUCGGGAACAGCCUAACCAAACACUGGGCGUUGGUCUAGAGGAUAACCAGGCUUCGAAUGGGACGGCAGAAGUGUUCGAAAAGUUCAAUGUUAUGCUCCAUGCUGGUAUUGCUCACUCGGGUCGUAAUGGAAAAAAACAGGAUGCGGAAAUUCUGAGCAUUCCUUUCAUCAAAAAGUACAUUCAAUACGCUAAGUCGAGAAUUAAGCCCAUCCUGACCAAGGGGGCAGCGGAUCAUGUUAUUGAGACAUACUCUGCUCUGCGGAACGAUGAGCUGUCUCGUAACGAACGCAGAACGUCUCCGAUCACCGCGCGUACACUAGAAACCUUGAUCCGUCUGGCGACUGCUCACGCAAAAGCACGACUUUCCAGCAGAGUUGAGGAGCGUGAUGCCAAGGUUGCAGAGGCAAUUCUGCGCUAUGCGUUGUUCAAGGAAGUUGUCGAGGAUGAUCGCCGCAAGAAGAGAAGGACGACCACAUUUGAUGACGAUGAUGACUCAAGCGACUCUAAUUCGGAUUCCGAUGAUGAAACAUCCAGAAAUACAUCGACGGUCACUCCACGGUCCACUCGGAGAGGUGGAACGCUCACUACACGCGCAGCAGCGAAUCGUGCGAACACGAAUGAAGCAGAUCACAUGUUCGAGGAUGGCGACGGUCUAUACGAUGCCAGCCCCCGUGGACAGCGGUCCCAAAGCCAGACACAGGCAGAGAGCCAGUCGCAAAUGUCGAUGGCCUCCUCUCGGCCAGCAUCGCAACUUGUCCAGUCCCAAACGGACGACUCGCAGUCACAGCAGAACUCCGCCUCUGUUAGUCAACGAAUCCAUCCAUCACGAUUGGCAACUUUCCGCCAGGCUCUUGGACCGCUGAUGGGCACGAGUCUGUUUGCCAAUGAAGACUCAGCGGAUGUAGAAGACCUCAUCGGAGCCGUGAACAGAGCCAUCCGCAAUGCGCCGUCACUCGGCGAAGGCCAUGUAUUCCAGCGAACCGAGGCUAUCCUGGCCCUGAGGGCUAUGGAAGAAAGAAACGAGUUGAUGUACCUUGAAAAUGAGGAGACGGUUUAUAGGGUUUAAUGCAUUUUUUUAUUGCUGAUUAAGAGGGAUUAUGACUGCAGCUGUAAAUCGGAUAUGGGAUCUUUCUUUUUAAUUGUAUUAGACAGUGUUCUCUGAUAUAUGGAGUACAUGGAGUCUGUCUUGUUGGCGUCUGGAAUUUCUCUGUGAAUGGACUUAUCUAGCUGUCCCUUUUUAAACAACAGCUUACAGAAUAUACACACAUCAUGUGUGGUCCUGUGGACUCACAGACUAGGUAUUAUUCUUCAACAACUGCAGAACAGAAAUUUGUACUAUUCGACUAGAACCUCAACUUUUUGAAGUCCUACAAAAACAAAGUAUAUUAAGACAACCUAAAACAGACUACAUAAGCUGGUUCCAGAGAGGGGGUAUAAUAAAAUAAAUCAGGUUCAAUUCACGAUGACAAGAUCAAACGCUCUUUCAUUUCCUCUUCAUGACGUCCUCUCUUCUCCUGAUACAGAGAAGGAAUCGAGUGACGGAAGAGGCUGCAGGCCUUCUCUGAUCUGUGCCUGGGUCAGAGGGGACAGGCCCUGAGGGAGUGCCCUGGUACCUCGCUUACUGCGUGCUCGUUGGCCAUGUUCCGCUGCUGAGGCGGGCGAUAGAGUCGCGCUGCCUCGACGAGUGCGUCCCCCGCGAGACGGUGGACGCUCGUCACUCGCCCAACCGCCAUCGGCGGGGGUACUACUGCGCGACGAAGUACGGGAUUGCGAUUGCGAGUCGGAGCGUACAUUGCGACGCGAGGAAGGUUUCAGGUCAUGGCCAAGCUUGGAGACGCUUGAGCGGCGACGGUUUCGAUUGGGGUGCGACUUUUCGCUGGUAGCUGUAGGCCUUCGCUGGCGUGGUGAUUUCCAGCCUAGUUCGAACCACCAGAACCAACCGCCCUCUCGUCUAGCUAGUUGACGCUCCCGCUCGCGCAAUUUCUCCCGGAGCUGGGCCCGUCGCUCAUUCUCCUUCUCCCAAAAACUAGUACGGUACUCGUCCCAAUUCUCGCGGAACUCGGGCGAAAACGACUUAGGGAGUAGGAGAAGUCGUAUAUAGUCACCUCCAGGGCUAAGGUCCUCCUCGACUAGGUCGGGUUCACUAUCAUUGUCGAAGUGAUGGUGGUGAGAGUGGUGUGGCCGACCACCACGCUUCUCAGCCAGUUGACGUUCGACGUGGUGAAAAUUCCCCGCGGGUGAGGGGAAGAAAGGGAAGAUGAAGGAUAGAUAAGACAUCAAUUCCUGCCACCACGGGCCACGGAUCACGACGAUCUUGGUGUUCAUGUUGCGAAGGCCGCGGUUGGUGACGGCCAGCCAACGCCGCGGCCAGCGAAUUCCCCGUUCCCAUUGCCCAGUGCCCCAGACCAGGAGCGCAGUAACAACGGCGCCCAUCAAUGCAACUUUUUCGCCUGUUUCAACCAUCCAGUAGAUCGAGCCCCCGACUCCGCUGCCAUCCUCACGUGGACGGAGAAAGAGCGCAUAUGAGAAAUAGGUGAUCCAGGCUGCGAGGAGAAGGAGGAAAAAGGUGUUUUGACGUCGUCGCUCGCGCAAACAGAGAUAUUGAGCCCGAAGAGAGGCUUCGAGAAUGAGGAGAUUAAGGUAGAUCUGGGAGGGGGAGGAAGGGAGGGUCGACAGCGGAUCUGGGGGUGGGGUAGGCGGACGGAGCUGGGCAGUGUAAUUGGGAGAAGAUUGGAGUAAUGACUGAGCAGGCGCAGGAUCGGACGAUGGCAAUGAAGAGGAGAGAUGCGAAUUGGGAGCUGGGGCGCCCUUGACGAGCUGGUCGAGGCUUUGGGGCAUGGCGGCCGGCGUUGAGAACAAUCGGUGAGGGGAGUGGGGAGAGAGCAGAUCGCUCUUUUCGAGGCAGAGGAGAAGGAAGACGAGAGCAGCAGCUGUGGAUAACGAGGACGAGGACAGGAAUAAUGGCCUUUGCGGCCCAGACGAGACGCUAUCUCAUGGCAUCGAGGGUGCAGCGAGAAGAAGACGGUGAGGGCCGUUAGUGUUGGUGUUGUGGGCGACAAGAUGGACUGACGCUCGCUUCUCCCUCUUCUCUUCCCCUCUUCUCUUCUUCCUCUUCUUCUUCAUCGCCAACUCCCCCAUCCCAUCCCUCAUCAACGGCUUGUAUCAGGCCAAUUCACUUCCCUUUCCUAUCCCUCUCCCUCCCUCGUCCGUCGUGUCUCGCAAUCCCUCGCGUUUCUUUGCCUCCGCCGCAGCUCAACCGGGGUUAUCGCGGACCUUGCGCUUCUAUCUCCGCCACUCGAUUACAUAUUCCAAACUCUCCUAACCGACCCCUACGGUAACCUUCGGGGUCGGUUAAUACGUUUCUUCCUUCUCCUGCCUGAGUGACAGAAGGGCUGUGGUUAUCCUUCUGUUGCUCGCUCUUGCUGCUGCAAGCUGUAUCCCGCGCGACUCAGCCAGCUGUCCUCUUCCCUUUAUGUCCCUCGAUCGUGGACCUGCUCUCCUCUGGAUGCGGCUUGGUCCAUUUCAUCAUCGUCGUCACGGUCAUCAUCACCAUCAUCAACUGCCCUCUUUGUAGUACCGUCAUCUCGGCAUAGCUCCUCAAUGGCGUCCGAAUCGCUACAGUCGCCGCCGCCAGAGAGCGACCGGGGCCGCACGACUUCCCGGCACCAUCAUGAUCCGUUGGCACAUAAAAGAGAAACUACCCCCCAUGCUGUCCGUGCAGGCAAUAUGCUCACUGCCACUCCGAAGUGGUUCCCGUUAGGAUACAGGGAAGGGUUUGCUCAAUGGUGGGCUGGUGUUUCACCCGCAGCGGCGGAGCAUAAGGUGCUCUCCUUCCUGCCCUAUCUCCAGCAUGAGCCUCCCACCCAGCAGCAGACAGGGCACGAACCCGAUAUUCCUACCGACACAAGAGACGGUCUCGCUUCCGUGGACCCCAGCCAACCAGGCGAGGUAACGGCCAACUCCGUCGGGGACCCGUAUGGACCUCGUCGAUGGCGUUCCAGCAUGGUUCAGCUCAGCGGUAAGAAUCGUGCUCUGAACGAGCUGUCGGUGGAGAGAGUUGGAGAGGAUGCCGACCAGCACUUGGUGAUGCUCCACGGCUACGGGGCCGGCUUGGGGUUUUUCUACAAAAACUUUGAGCCUCUAAGCCGACCCAAGGGCUGGCAUGUAUAUGCGCUAGACAUGCUCGGGAUGGGCCGCAGUACGCGUCCCCCUUUCCGGAUCAAAGCUAAAAGAAGAGAAGAUGCCAUCAAGGAAGCGGAGGAUUGGUUUGUCGAUGCUUUGGAAGAAUGGCGCGUGAAACGCAAGAU